AUGGUUAUUGGACUCCUCACCAUCACUGCCAUACCUACCAUCACGGGUGUCGGUCAAGCCGUCAGUGCGCAGAAGCGACAGAAUGCAGAGUCCAAAGAACAAGAGAAGAUUAACCUAGCAGCAUCAUUCUGUGACGAGGAACAGAAUGAUGUGCAGGCAACCUGUUUUCUCAAGGACGGAAAGAUAGUGCUGGAAUUUCCAGGGCAGAACGUCCACGGCCACAAGUUCUGUGGCUUUCACUUCAAGUAUCCUGGCGAGGAGCAGCAUCUGGGGCUGGUGAGCAGUAUCCAGGAUGAGCCACCGAUGCUCAACUGGAUCUACGUCAACCGAGAGACACGGGCAUUGGGAUAUGGGGCUCGGAAGGACACGAUCGGUCACAUCAUCGGGCCAUGGGGCUGGAGUGAGGACGAGCGGUUUCUAACAUUGGAGGGUUCGCCUGGUGGGUUUAUUGCCAGGAAACAGGAGGUGGAUGGUGCGGAGAGGUGGGUAUUGCAUUGGGAUCCAGAGAUGGGGAGUGAUGUAGAAGAGGAUGAGGAUGAGGAUGAGGAGGAGCAGGGGUUUGUUCUGCUUUACAGGAAGCCGCUGUUGGGGAUGGAGAGUUCGUAUGUGAGAGAUGAGGAAAAGUGA